GAAUUUCUGUAGCAUCUUCUUUCGUUUAUCGUUCUGUCGCCCGUAUCAACGCCUGUUCCCAAGUUUCGAUCCCGAUCUUGUAUUUUAGGGUUAGGGUUUGGUUUUCUCUGCAAAUUGAGGCAGAGAUGGCGAUGAAGCAAUUCUUCUCCGAAAUCAAGGGCUUGAAGGUUAAGGAGCUGCCCGGCCACGUGAAGCCGAUGCUUUCCAUUGACUACAUUAAGAAGGCAGUGGAGAGAGGUCUCGACAAUUACAACGCCAAGUACAUUCAGACCGGCUCUAUUGACCCUCUGUUACAUGUCUGCUUUGGCGGUAUGGUAUUUUCCUACCUCGUUGCCCUCCCUGAGGAACGACGACACCUUGCACACCAGCAACACGCCAAAGAGCAUGGUGGCCACUGAUCGAGUUCUCUAUCUUUUGAGGGUUAAGGUGCCUCAAAGGUGUUUCUGGUCAAUAAUUUGUUUCCCGAGUGUUUUUGUAUCUUGGUCUUACUGGCUGAAACUUGCUAUUUUCUUUUACACAUGAGGAAAUAAACAACAGACUUUUCUUUGAGUUUUGAACCAUCAAUGGCGACCAUCGCUGAUUCGCAACCCGAGUUCAUGUUUGUAUUUUCAUUUACUUUCUUGCACAUGAUAUUGUUCUAUGCUCACUUCUCUGGUUAAUUUAAUUCUUUGUCAAAAUGCAAAUUGAUGUUGAUCAAA